UUGUUGAAGGAGAGACUUUGAUUGUAGAGGUAUCGGUUUCAGUAGUAGGAGAUGCGGUAAUGGUUAUAAUGGAAACGGAGGUAACAGUUGUUGUUUCAAUGACAGUAGUUACUGUGGAAAGUGAAGAAAGAUUUCAAAAGAAGC